AUGGGUACUAUGGACUUAGAGAAGCAAAUGCUCGGCUCGGGACUCAUCACUCCUAAUCUACAGCCCGCCAGUCGCCUUCUCAAGCGCCGUUCUCCCCAUCGGAUGCCGCGAGGUGUCCGCCUCGCCUUGCGUCGAAUUGCCACCGCCGUCUUCUGCUUCUGCCUGGGCGUUAUAGGAUGGAGUUGGCAUGCCAUCGAAGUAAUACCUGGCGCGCGCGAUCCCGAACAAAGCCAGCUCCUCAUCGCACCAUCACCGUCACUCCCCCGUUUGCUCUCUUGGGGUCAAAACUUGUCUUCCACCGACUUUACCUCGGGACUCUCUCCCUUCCCUCUACGUCGCCCGCUCGUUGCCUCCGGAAGCGCUCCCGUCCAUCCCGACUCGGUAUACAACCUUCAUCCCAUAAACCACUCCGCCUACGUAGACGCAAUCGACGAAUUCGUCUCCGUCGUCCUCCCGCCCCGGCUUCAGCUGGAGUAUCAGACAGCGACGGCCAUGGACGGUAUAUUGGGACCGGCACAUGGGUGGGAUGCUGUGGGCGAGGGGCGAGUUAUCUGGCAGAAGGGUAAAGAUGAGGUCGGGGUGAAUGGGACUGAUAUGCGGAGUUGGAGUGAGGGAUCAGCUAUGAGCGAGGGAUGGGAGUGGAGGUUCCUGUCGGAUGAUACCGCGACUGCUUGGAUCAAGCAAAACUUAUCCGGAACCAGACUCGAAAAGUUAUGGUCUAACCUUCCCAGCGGCAUACUUAACGCCGAUCUGAUUCGCUACCUCCUCCUCGCCCUCUGCGGCGGGAUCUAUUCGGACACCGACACGCUCCUCCUCAAACCCCCCUCGCGCUGGGGCGCAGGCGCCGACCUCUGGCGGGGAGAGCGGGAUCGGGAGGUGGAUCGCGUGUUGGGGAGAGCCAGGGCUGUAGUCGGCAUAGAGGCGGACGUGGGGGAUCGAGAAGAUUGGGCGGAGUGGUGGCCCAGGCCUCUACAGAUCUUACAGUGGACCAUGGCUAUGGCGCCGUAUCAUCCUAUUGCACUAUCCGCCGUGCUCCGAAUACUGCACAAUACCCCGACCGCAAUCACAUUUGCUCAGGGCCACUACAACAAUUAUACUUCCCUUCUCACUCAGCUGUCCUCGCUGCCCAGAUCGCCCCCCUCAGAUCUUCGGAUCGAGCUCGAAGCCCAACUCGCCCAUCUGGGGGAGAUCAACGUCCUCAGCGAGCCUCGGCAUGGCGGCCCACUAGGCGUCAUCAAUUGGACAGGCCCCUCAGUCUUUACAGAUGCCGUACUGAGCUACCUAUUCGCACGGUAUGGGAUGACAUGGCGGGAUCUGAGAGGGUUGGAACGGCCACUAAGAGUAGGGGACGUGCUAGUCUUGCCAGUGACGGGUUUUAGCCCGGGCGUGGGUAAUUUUCGCGCGGGAGAUGUGUGGAGUUCAGAGGCGAUGGUGCAGCUUCACUUCAAGGGAUCAUGGAAGACCUGA